AAAAUGAACAACAAAAUCGCUUCUUUCGGAUAAACUGUGUCGAUUCCCUAUCCGUUUGAUUUAUUUUCAGAAAAGUUGCAUUUUUUCUUCCCUAAUUUUCCAGUCCUACUCAAGUGAUAACUUGCGGCGAAUCAAAUCGACGGCGAUAACUUCAACAAUAACCCAUAGGCGAAUCAAAUCUACGGGUUUGGUUUUCUCGAGAUGGGUUGCGAUAGAAUCAGCGAAUUGCCGGAUAUUCUGCUAACUCAGAUUCUCUUAAACCUUCCGACCAAAGAUUCCGUUAAGACAAGCGUUUUGUCGAAGAGAUGGGAGUUUCUCUGGCUUAGUGUUCCUGGACUUGACUUAAAGGUCAAGGAUUUCCCUAGUCGUGGCAAAGGCCUCGAGAGCUUCAUCGACAAAUUUCUGAAUUUAAACCAAGAAUCAAGGAUGCAAAAGUUCAAGAUAGAGUACAAAAAAUUUGAAGACGAACAACUGGUGUGGAUUGCUACAGCAAUUGAUCGCGGAGUUCAACAUUUAGAUGUUGAGACUGGUAUUGGUCCUGAUAUGCCUCAUAACUUUUACAAGAGCAACACUUUGGUCUCUUUAAAGCUCGUAACCAUAGGAAUCGUGGACCCCGGGUUUGUGGUUUCUCUACCUUGUCUCAAGAUCAUGCAUUUUGAAGACAUUGUGUAUGAUGAUGAGCCUUUGAUCAUAGAGAAGCUCAUCUCAGGCUGUCCUGUUCUUGUAGAUCUUACAGUAAUCAGGCGUACUGAAUUAAGUGACGUUCUGCGAUUUCUGCGCGUGAGGUCUCAGACUCUUAAAAGAUUUCGUCUCACGUUUAAGUAUCUUCUGUUUAGUAAAGAAUAUUCGGUUGAGAUUGAUGCGCCAAGACUCGAGUAUCUGAGUUUUAAAGAUAACCAAUCUGAUCUGAUUGUAAUCAAGAACCUGAAUUCUUUAUCCAUGAUCGAUAUUGAUACUGAAUUUGUGGUAAAUUUUGGAGGCAGUCCUUUGGAACCUGAGGAUCUAAGGAAGAGAGAUACUAUCCGUGAUUUUCUCACCGGGAUAUCUAUAGUAAGACAUAUGAUCAUCUCUCAGCCUACUCUUGAGGUCCUCUAUGUGUAUUCUAAAUUGGGACCAAUCCCCAAAUUCCCUAACUUAUACCGUUUGGACGCUGCACUUUCUAGCUCUCUGUUACAAUUCUUGCCAGCCUUUCUUGAGUGCUGCCCAAACCUGAAAAACCUGAUCUUGGACUUUGCUGUUUCGGCGCAGCCAGAGCAAAGUGAACUUAGCUAUGUGCCUCAGUGUUUGUCAUUGACUCUUGAAUCUGUCGAGAUUAAACAACUGAUCAUGAGGGAAGAAACUGGAAUUAAACUAGUGAAUUACUUUCUUAAGAAUUCAGCAGUCCUCAAGAAAUUUACUGUGCGUUUCACAGAUUCUCCUAUGACCAUCCAAGAGCUAGAUAUCUGCAAGGAUAUCUACAAGAGUAUUCUUACAUUCACAAAGCGUUCUCGCAGCUGUCAAGUUUUCGUUUAUUGAGACCAGGAUAGAGAUCUCUUUGUUUUGGCAAUGCGUAAGGCUUUUGUGUACGUUAAAACUACUCUCCGAAUCCCUAUGUAUGUAUGUUUGUAAUUAAGAGCAAGACAUUGGUAUCCUUAAAACUCGAAGAAGUACGUACCAAGUUUGUUGUUUCUCUGA